CUUUCUCUAUAAUAAGCACGUGGCUUGUCCAUUCAAUUCGCAUAUGAAAAUAUUUCGAUUCUCUGUUCAUCGCUUUCUUGACUCUCAUUUCCGCAGCUCCAAUCUGAAUGAAAAGGCAAAAUGUUUAUUUUCAGAGCCAAUUGAUUCGGGACAAACCUGCCGUACCAUGUAUACAGAAGUUUCAUAAACAGUCUUUUGUAUUACUGGGUUUGGUGCUCUUCCUUAGCGUAAUUUGAAUGUAGCUUCUGCUUUCUAGUUGUUUUAUUGGUCACCCACUUUUUUUAUUUAGAAGGAAAAAGCAACCCUGUUUGUUAAGGUGGUGGUUUAUUUCGAGGGUUUUGCUUUGUUGAGAAGUUAUUGCCAGUUCUCGGGUUUUGGCUUCUUUGAGCUUUGUCUUCUGAGCUUCUAGGCUUUCAUGACUAUUGAUUGUUGGUUUUUUUAUUAAAAUUUUAGACUUGAGGCUUGUGAGAAGGGGAGCUUUUGGUAGAUGGAGAGGGAUAAGUCUCAAAACCAUGGUGGAGGCUUACUACCUCCAUCAGGAAGGUGUGCGGUUUUUUCAUCUCCUGGGAGUAGUUUUAUUGUGAAAUCUGAUCCACUAGGAUCAUCGAAUCUGCCUGCAUUGGGACCUGGGGGUAAUAUUUCUGAAUCUGGUCAUUUUGGUCAUGGUAUGCCUUCGGAUUCUAGCUGGUUUAGCCAUGAUAUAAGCCAAAUGCCUGACAACCCGCCAAAGAAUUUGGGCCAUCGACGUGCCCAUUCGGAAAUUCUUACUCUUCCAGAUGACAUUAACUUUGAUAGUGAUCUUGGUUUUGUGGGCGGCUUUGAAGGACCUUCGUUCUCUGAUGAGACUGAGGAAGAUUUGCUCUCUAUGUACCUUGACAUGGAAAAGUUGAAUUCAUCGUCUGCAACUUCUGUAUUACAAGUGGGUGAAUCAUCUUCGUCAGCGGUUGCAGCAUCACCGGCUCCAGCAUCUGCAGCAGCGACUCCUCCUGCUGAGAAUGAGGCCCCUACCCAUUGCGAGAGGCCUAGAGUAAGACAUCAACAUAGUCAGUCCAUGGAUGGGUCGACUACAAUUAAGCCGGAGAUGCUAACGUUGGGUACGGAAGAGCAGUCUCUGGCUGAUUCUCAGAAAUCCAUCUCUGCCUCUAAGCUUGCCGAGCUAGCCCUUAUUGAUCCAAAGCGUGCUAAGAGGUAA